AUGGCAGUGCAAUCGGGUAUAGUAUCUGCUUACUCUGGGGUGAAGCCAAGAAGUAGAUUGGGCUGCAAUGGAUGCAAAAAGCUCAAAAUCAAGUGCGACGAAGUCAAGCCUACCUGCUCACGAUGCAAAAAACGUGGUAAGGUUUGUGUAUACUCUUUCGAGAUGGUUUUUCAGAACCAGUCGCUUGCAGAGAACAAGAAAAAAGUCCGGAUAAAAGAUUAUGAGUUAAUGCAAAAUGAUGAGAAAAGACUUCAGCGUAUGGCCUUGAUCAAAUCAACAAAUACCGUGAGCAAUAAUGAAAACGAGUUGUCUACAUUUCACAGCGAACCUAUGUCUACUACAACUUUGGGGUCCUUUGUUCUGAAAAGCUCUGGUGCAGAUGUUGUACCCGGCGACGGCUCAUCAGAUUCGGGUGUUCAUGUGAGCUCUGGUGGUUCAUUACCAUAUCGAAUGGCAUCGUUCAUACCAGAAAGUAAAAUUCCACUCUUGCCACUCCCUGAACAUCUUUUGGACCAUCCUUACUACAAGGAUGCUUUCAAUUUUUACAAGUACUUUACUGCACAUUUCAUUGUGGCGGCCACUCCACAGAUGUACAGAUCAAAUCCAUUUCAUAAGCUGAUCCCCCAAUUUGCAGAAGAGAAAGAAAACGGAUGUCUCCUUGAUUUGUUGGUCGCUUAUUCUUUGACCCAUCGGAGUAUGGUGUUGACGGAUGAGAACUUUACUCCGCAUCUUGUUGAAUUGUUGAUAUCAAGAGGCAUAUUCAGGCUUGUUUCUUCUCUCAAUGCAACUACGAUGGAGAUCAAAUGUGAAGUUGUAUGUGUCACUGCCUUGCUUAUGUGUACUCAGAAAAUCUUUUCUGGGGAUGAUACCGAUAAAUACAAGGAAACGAUAGAUUUAUGCAGAAAGGGAUUUGAGCGGUUCAUUGAUAAUGACGAGAAAGUAAGUAAACUCCCGAACGGAAAAUAUCAGCUAACCGAAGAAGAUAACUCUUUUUCCUACUUUCUACUCAGCUGGAUAGGAUAUCUUGAAGUUAUUGGAAUGAUGAUGGCUAUUUCGCCAAAAGAUUUUAGAAUGCCGUAUAGGCCAAAUCCCGUUUUCGAGAAGGUUGAACUGAAAAAGAAAUCAAAAAUUGAUCUUUUCUUGGGAUUUGACAUCAAGUUUCUGGAAAUAUUCGACAAACUGAUACCUAUACUAAAUAUGCUAGAAGAGCGACAUGAAGUGGAUAGAAACUCGAUUCCAACAGACAUUUUGUCUCUGGCACUGGAGUGGGAGCACGAGCUUAAUUCUGCCUACACCGAUUUCCAGGCUGCACCUCGUAACCCGGAUGAUCCUACGGAAUCUGAUCGUAUUUUAAAUGCUUCGAACGAUGCGUUCUAUUUUACGGGACUUCUUCAUCUUUACAGGAGAAUCUAUCGAAUACCGAGAACUAGUUCUGUAGUUCAAAAGAUGGUGCAGAAGAUUUAUGAUGUUUUCAAAAAUGAUAUAGAGUCGGCUUCCAGUGCCGAGAAUUGUGCAAUUCUUCCCCUAUUUGUUGCAGCAUGUGAAUCUAUAUCUGAAGAACAUAGACGAUUUUUCUACGACAGGUUUCAAAUUCAGUUUCUUGGUGGUAAUUUUCCUGCCGGGGAUGUUCUCAAGAUAUUGAACGACACAUGGAAUACUGGUGAUUCCUGGGUAAAUGCCGUUAAAAGGGUGAGAAAGGAAAAAGGUUUCUUUUUGAUUUGA